UGUCGGCAGGUGGAGGGAGAAGGGAAAGUUUGGCCCGUGCGUGGGGCUGGGGUGGAGGGCGGGACAGAGGGGCUGGGCCGAGGCGAAGCUCCUGUCGCUUCUGCAGCGGAGGCCGAGGCCGGGACCUAAGCUGGGCCGGGGAGUGCCGGUCGCGGAGGAGCAGGAGGCGAGGUCUGCCGGAGCUUCGAGCCCCCGCUGCUCUGCCGCGCGGUGACCCCGCGCCCGGGCGCCGUCCGACCCGUGGCUGUUCCCGAGGCGGUUGGUGGGGGCGCGGCGGCAGCGGUUGGGGGUGGGGAGAGGCGCGGCGAGGAGAAGAGAGAGGUCAGCGAGUUUGAGGGAGGACUGAGAGCCUUGCCGCCGUCAUGUCCGAGGACUCGAGCGCCCUGCCCUGGUCCAUCAACAGGGACGAUUACGAGCUGCAGGAGGUGAUCGGGAGUGGAGCAACGGCUGUGGUCCAAGCAGCGUAUUGUGCCCCUAAAAAGGAGAAAGUGGCAAUCAAACGGAUAAACCUUGAGAAAUGUCAAACUAGCAUGGAUGAACUCCUGAAAGAAAUUCAAGCCAUGAGUCAGUGCCAUCAUCCUAAUAUUGUGUCUUACUACACGUCUUUUGUGGUAAAAGAUGAGCUGUGGCUAGUCAUGAAGCUGCUAAGUGGAGGUUCUGUUCUGGAUAUUAUUAAGCACAUUGUGGCAAAGGGGGAACACAAAAGUGGAGUCCUAGAUGAACCUACCAUUGCAACAAUACUCAGAGAAGUGCUGGAAGGAUUGGAAUACUUACAUAAAAAUGGACAGAUUCACAGAGAUGUGAAAGCUGGAAAUAUUCUUCUGGGAGAAGAUGGCUCAGUACAGAUUGCAGAUUUUGGAGUUAGUGCUUUUUUAGCAACUGGUGGUGAUAUUACCCGAAAUAAAGUGAGAAAGACCUUUGUUGGAACCCCUUGCUGGAUGGCACCUGAAGUUAUGGAACAGGUCCGAGGUUAUGAUUUCAAAGCUGACAUCUGGAGUUUUGGGAUCACAGCGAUUGAACUGGCCACAGGAGCAGCUCCUUAUCAUAAAUAUCCGCCAAUGAAGGUUUUAAUGCUGACGCUGCAGAAUGAUCCUCCUUCUUUGGAAACUGGUGUUCAAGAUAAAGAAAUGCUAAAAAAAUAUGGAAAAUCAUUUAGAAAAAUGAUUUCAUUGUGCCUUCAAAAGGAUCCAGAAAAAAGACCAACAGCAGCAGAACUGUUAAGGCACAAAUUUUUCCAAAAAGCAAAGAAUAAAGAAUUUCUUCAAGAAAAACUAUUGCAGAGAGCUCCAACCAUUUCUGAAAGAGCUAAAAAGGUUCGGAGAGUACCAGGUUCCAGUGGCCGUCUUCAUAAGACAGAGGAUGGUGGCUGGGAGUGGAGUGAUGAUGAAUUUGAUGAAGAAAGUGAGGAAGGGAAAGCAGCAAUUUCACAACUCAGGUCUCCCCGAGUGAAGGAAUCAUUAUCAAAUUCUGAGCUCUUUCCAGCAACUGAUCCCGUGGGUACUUUGCUCCAAGUUCCAGAACAGAUUUCCGCUCAUCUACCUCAGCCAGCUGGGCAGAUGCCUGCACAACCAACUCAAGUUUCCCUCCCACCCCCUGCAGAGCCAGCAAAAACAGCUCAGGCUCUGUCUUCAGGAGCAGGUUCACAAGAAACCAAGAUCCCAAUCAGUCUAGUACUAAGAUUAAGGAAUUCAAAAAAAGAACUAAAUGAUAUUCGAUUUGAAUUUACUCCUGGGAGAGAUACAGCAGAGGGUGUGUCUCAGGAACUCAUUUCUGCUGGCCUGGUCGACGGAAGAGAUUUAGUAAUAGUGGCAGCUAAUUUGCAGAAAAUUGUGGAAGAACCUCAGUCAAAUCGAUCUGUCACUUUCAAACUGGCAUCUGGUGUCGAAGGCUCAGAUAUUCCUGAUGACGGUAAACUAAUAGGAUUUGCCCAACUCAGCAUCAGCUAAACCACAGCCCUGGAAAAGGCAGCCUGAGGAGAUUCCACACGAACCUUUGUUAGGAAAAAGCACAGCCUCAGAUGGAGGCAGCCUAAACUGUGUUCUUGUUUUGUUCAUGAUGUUUCUAAGCGUUUUGCUGAAGCUGCUCUCAGGCACCCCUCUUCAUUACUCCCUCCAGAAAGGGUUGCUAGCCUUAACUUCAGCUGGUGCAAAACAUCUGACUGGAGUCGAACUUCAGCCAUCGGAUCCUUCAAAGUGGAACUUUGGACUGUUUUUAGAGAAAACAUCAAGUAAAAGUGUAAAAGUGGCUUGUAAAAGUGAAUUUUCCCAGCAGUGGUUUUUGAACAGGAGAAAUCGUAACUCAUAUCAUUUUGGAAGUAUUUAUUUUCAAAUCUUAAAAAAUUAAAUUGAAGAAGAAACUGCUCCUUGAUCCUCCCUUGGAAAUCAAUUUGCCUGGCCUCCAAGUCAUGAGGAAAUGCAAGGCUGAGAUUUCUGCAGCAAUAAAGGAGACUCACACUGGGCCGGGAGGUCUGCCUUCUGCCCCCUCUCCUGCACUGACCCUUUGGAGGGGGUCCACACUUCUGUGUGCUGAACCUGACCCAAGACGGAAAGUGAAACCACACGUGCCAUGACUUUUAGGAUUUAUGAGUAGACACUGUUCAUUUGAUUUUCUACAGAAAUAAUAUAAAUUAUUCUUUAGGUUUAAAAAAGAGCACUCAUAAUGCAAUAUGUGAAUAAUCAGUGGGGUUGAUUUUUUUUUCCUACUGUUUCACAGUCAGCCUUUGUCUAAUUGUAGGUAGCCCUAACAUUUUGUGUAUGAAAGGGAUACUGCCUUUGUCUAACUGCAAAUAGCCCUAACAAAUUUUGUGUAUGAAAGGGAUACUCAAUCUGGCCUUAAGACAACACACAAAGAUGGGUUUUGGCCCCAUGGAAAAGGGAGAGUUCCCUCCUAGAGAAUCAUUCGAGCCCUUUCCAGUGUUGUUGGUCUGUGAAUAACAAGAUUGCUUUAUCUAAUUUUCUCUUGGAGCAUCUCUGAAAGCUUUGCCCACAACUGACUUGUCACAGUUUUUGUUUCAUUCUGAGCUUGUAGUUUUAGUCAUGGGCUGUCUUCACCUGCCCUGGAUGCAAAGGCAUGUUGGGAAAGGGAUAGAUGUUGGGGAGGAAGAGAGGGAGUGGGGAUUGGGAACAAAGUAGAUUAGAGGCACAGACACCAAAGUCCAUGGUCCCAGCAGGAUUGGUAAAAGGAGGGAGCCUGCUGAACCUGGAGAGAGAAAAGAUUGAUCAGCUUGCUGAAAAAAUAUUUAGCUUUUUUUUUUUUUGGAGGGGGGUUGGGGGGGGAAUGUGGACAAGGAGGUAGGAAUAAGGUAUGAAAAAGAGACAGUGUCCCCUUUGGCACAAGACUAAUAGCUUACCUUAGAGUCUUUUUGGUUUCAAACAAGCCCAUCAUGAUCUACUUAUUUCUGAGUCCAAGGGGUGUUGGCAUCACUCUAUUCUAGCGUUCUGUCUGGAGGUGGUCUGUAGCCCAGGCUGGGAGGAAGCAGCAGCCCAUCCUCCUGUUCAGUUUCUCCAGCUGUCCAUUACGUUUGAACUGCAGUGGGACAAGCAUGACAAUAGAAAUGGGCUUGGGCUUUCUCUUUCUUUUCAGUUCAUUUUUUGCCCUGCUGGGAAUUAGGAGUCAGACACCAAGCCCCAGGACAGUGUUAUUUCUUCUGCAUGAUGAAUGGUGGACUCCCUUUGCUGACUUGUGCAGUGAUGCUGAGAAAAUAAGUGAACAGAAACUUCCCAGGUGGGACAGCACGUGACCUAUUGAGCACCCUCGCUCCUUUCCAGGAGUGGUGGUUCGGGGUGCACCUGUGUCCCUGGGUCCCCAGGAUUCCCUGGUCCCUGGGGCAGGGACUAACUUAGCAGGUAACAUGUGCCAAUGCUAUUUGUGAAAUGUAUGGUCUUUCUAAAUGACUAAUGGAUUUAUUUGGGUUUUUUGCUUAAGUGUUGAACCAAAUUCUAGAGCCAGCUGAUACUAUUUAAUAAUCUGGAAGAUAGAAUAAUGGUGUAUCAAUAAAUGGAGGUUUCUCCUUAUGAUGUAUGCUAGAUUAUGGAAGAUGUAAAAUAUUUGACUCCCCCCCUUUUUUGACUUUGUAUUUUGCUGCAUGUUUCCUUCAUUUUUAAUCAAUAAAGAGUAAAUUGUC